UAGACGCAAGACACCAGUUCGACGGAAUGCCCCCUCUCAAGCGGCCCAAGAACGAGGAGGAGAUACCUACAGCGAGCGAGGUGGAUCGCAUCAGCGACCUCCCUGAGGGCGUCCUGCACCACCUGCUGUCGCUCAUGCCGGCGCAUGACGCGGUGCGGACGUGCGUGCUCGCCCACACCUGGCGCCACCUCUGGAUGUCUGUUCCGGCCAUCCGCUUCACCAACGACGAGUCGUAUUCCUUUGGGUGCGCCAACAGGCUCAUCCGCUUCGUGGACCGUGUGCUUCUUCUACUGAGUCGCCGCCAGGGCGCGCCUCUACAUUCCUGUGAUUUCCAUCUCGAGGAGGACGAGGUUCUGUCUAACGGAUACCUCGCCGCCAACGAGGGGCGCUUCAGCCGCUGGAUCUGGCGUGCUCUGCGCCUACGAGUCAGGGUGCUCCGGUUCCAUCUUGGGUUCGACCACUCAAUCUCGCUACCGGACAUGCCUCUCCUCUCCGACCACCUCACGACGUUAGAGCUUCAGUUCGUCACUGCCAACGAAAGCGUUCUCGACUUUUCGGGCUGCCCGACGCUGGUCCAUCUUAUCAUGGAGCUCUGCUACGUCAAUUCCACGAAUAUCUCGUCAUCAUCAUUGAAACAUCUCCAGAUGAUCCGCGGCACGUUUCAGGAUAAUCACCGGACUCGAGUGUCUCUGCCCAAUCUUGUCUCGCUGGAACUCGACGAGGUCAACGGUAGGAUUCCGUUGCUUGAAAGCAUGCCAUCUUUGGAAACGGCAAUCGUCAGAAUUGGCGACGACCAUCCUGAUACUUGUGAAAAGGGUGGGUAUAGUGAGUGCGGUGAUGAUGCGUGUGAGGGCUGUCAUGGCUCUGAUGAUGACCCUCGUACACACGGUGUGCUUCUUGGAACUUUGUUGCGAGCUACAGAUUUGGAGCUAUCAGCAGAUCCUGACAUGGUAUGCUUGCAACUGCUUUACUCUUGA